GGAAACCAACACGAAGAAGAAGAGACGAAGGGCGGAAGAGACGAAGUGCACUCCGUUGUGGUCCCUUCGCAGUGCUAGCUAACAUGGAUGCUACAAUGGAAAACAUCGAACACACGCUACCGCUAUACUCGAAUAAUGCAAAAAAGAAAAGUAAAAAGAAAGUGAAUUCAGAAUACACAUACAAAUUGUCUGAAUAUGAAACAAUGGACUUUGUGAAAUUGCGCGUAUCAAAUCGCUACAUGUUUACGGGGAGGAGAAAUGCCUCUCGACUGGCCUGGAGGGCCAUCCUCAAACACAUGGGCUUGCAGGGGAAGAUGACGGCCAGUCAGGCAAUGAAAAAAUGGGAAAAUCUGAAGAAGAGAUACAAGGAGCUGAAGUACCCUCCCCCAGGGGUGCAGGUGUUCCCCCACAGUUGGCGUUGGUACGAUCUGAUGAGUGACGCAAUGGAGGGGCGUCUGGCAGGCUCAGCCCCCAUCAUCGGCCCACUCCCCCCGGGCACUAGCGACAGUGAUUUUCUCCCUGACGCCCGGCCCAGGAAGAGAUCCAUGAUUGGCGGAAUAGGGGUGAUGGGGAUGCACUGCGACCUGGACGAGAUGGACACCGAGAGGGCGACGCUGGAGACCGAACGGGCGGCAUUGGAGGGCGAGCGAGAGGUGAUGGGGAGAGAGCGGAUGGCACUGGAGAGAGAGCAAGCAGGGCUGGAACGAGAGAUGGCCAACCUGGACCGGGAGCGUGCCCAACUGGAGAGGGAGAAGGCAGCGGUGGAGAGGGAGAGGGGGCUGAUAGAGAAGGAGAAAGCGCAGGUGGCCAGGGAUCGGCUGGCUGUGGACAGAGACAGAGUUCUACUGGCGGAGGGUAGAGCAGCGGAGGAGAACGGUGCGGAAGGACAAAGCUGUAAAACAGGAGGACAGAGGGUCGUUGGGUCGUUGGAAAGAACCGAGAGAUUCCUCAAGAUGUUUGAAAAGUUGGUUGAACGUAUGUGAAGAACAAUUACAUGUUUGUUUACACUAGACUAUUCAAUUGGAAAGUAAUUGGAUAUAAUUUGUAUUGGUUUUAUUUUCUAUGAAUGUACAAAGUUUUCAAUGACAAAUCCUUUUUGUAUUGCUGUUCAGAGAUGCCUGUAUGCCUAUUGUUAUCUGGGCUAGAAGUAUUUGAACAUUAACUGCCUAAACAGUUGUACUCAAUCAGUUCAUUCAAAAUCACUUUGCAGCUACACACCUUACCGGUCAAUUCUCAAUUAAAAUGUUAAGCCAGGUCAUCAAAACAACUUUAUUCAAUUGUGGUAUUUCCAUACAAAGCACACAAUAGCAGGCUGUUUCUUCUUAUUACCCCCCCCCCUGCUCAUACAAUAGUCUUCAUCUUUAUUGAAAUAGGCUAUUGUGGUCAUAACAAUAACUUUGAAAUGUAAUAUGCCAAAUAUUGCAGUUCAUGUAAAAAAAAAAAAAAAUUCAGAAUAUAUUUUUAUAUUACAGUACAGACUUUACAAAUGCUUGUUUAAUUGCUUCUUUUAUUGCAUUGGUAUUCAAUUUAGCGUUCCAGUAAGCUUCAAUUCGUUUAUGCUAGUAUAAUAGUUUUUUAAAAUAGUGUUAGAUUUCUGUAAUAUAAUUUUUUUUCCUUUACAAAAACAUAUUUAAACAAUAUUACUGGUUGUCGUUGCCAGUCAUGAACAGACAUGAAACAAUGUUCGAUUGUUGGAUCAAUAAAAUGUCACAUUUU